GUCCGUCCGCCAUUUAUUCCGAGGGCUUUAUGAAAUUGUCAAGAACUGCUAAUGUGCAGCAAUGGAUUGGGAGCAGCUGGAUUUAAACCCCAGGAUCAUUGAAGCUGUUAGGAGAGCAAAUCUAAAAUCUGUCCAAAAACUCUUAUCACUUUCUGGGCCAGAAUUACAAAAAUUGACAAAACUUUCUGUAGCUGAUGUUCAUCGUUUACAGAAAUCCGUCUCUGCUUCACUGAAAAAUAAUGCAAUGACUACAGCAUUGCAGAUGAGCUGUGAAAAGUCUCUAUUUCCCUCUCAGCAUGUGAAGCUCAGCCUUGGAUGUAGAGUCUUGGAUAAGUUGUUAAGAGGAGGGAUACCUCUUGUAGGAAUUACUGAGCUGGCUGGAGAGAGCGCUGCUGGGAAAACCCAGAUUGCUUUACAGCUGUGCCUCUCUGUUCAGUUUCCUAUUGAAUAUGGAGGUCUUGGUGCAGGAGCGGUGUAUAUCUGCACAGAAGAUGCCUUUCCAAGUAAGCGUUUACAUCAGCUGAUCUACUGUCAGCAUAAAUUGAGGACAGAUGUACCAGCAGACGUCAUGAAAAAGAUACGAUUUGGGGACAACAUAUUUAUUGAGCAUACAGCUGAUAUAGACAUGUUGACCGAAUGCAUCACAAAGAAGGUUUUGUUGCUUCUCCUCCGUGGCUCGAUCAGACUAAUUGUAAUUGAUUCAAUUGCAGCUUUAUUUCGUAGCGAAUUUGCAGCUAAGGAUUCUGUUCUCAAAGCAAAACACCUUCAGACACUUGGAGCUAAACUUCACAGUUUGAGCAGUCAAUUUAACACUCCAGUACUGUGUAUUAAUCAGGUCACUGAUGCAGUGAGAGAAGUUCAUGGUAUCCAGAGUAAUUUGGGCAUGGUGGAUAAGAGGGUAUCUCCAGCUUUAGGUAUCUCCUGGUCAAACCAACUUUUGAUGAGAUUGAUGGUUGAAAGAACACAGCAAAUAGCACCCCAGUCAUGUGAUGGGAGCGUCCUACGGACAAUGGAAGUUAUUUUUGCACCCCACAUCCCUCCUGCAACCUGUUACUAUAUGGUAAAUGCAGAAGGUGUGAGAGGGCUUGAAGGAAUUGAAUGAAGAAGAAAAAAAAAAGACUUGAAAAUAUUAAUAAGCAUUUACAUUGCCUACCUAGCUUGCAGCACCUUUAAGGAUGGAUCAGUUUUACCAGCUACCCUUUUCUGGAGACUUUUAAAGACUGUUUUAUUUGUUCAGUGGGUAGUGAAUCAAUCAUAGCACCUAUUCUUUAUAUUAUAUUUAUAUUUUAGUAAGUGAAGAGAGAUAAGCAAAUGCAGAUCUGUGGAUUGUGUUAUUGACAUAUGAGGAUCUAGCAAAAAUAAAUGUUAUAAGCUACCUUUUUAAUUCAUAAUGGAGUUUUUUUCCCACCCCACUAAUCCCUUACAACAACAGUAUGCUUAAAAUGACAGUAAAUACUGAAAUUUGUAUAUAAAAUGUUUAGUUAUGUAUAAUUAACUGUGCAUUAUACUUUAAUUAUUUAUUUUGCCUCCUUUUCAUGUAAUUUAUCUCUGAAAAUUGAGCAAUUUCUAAUUCCCAGGACUUAUACAGCACCCUGCUGAUUUCUCAAGGCUAACUCUGAUGCAUAGCUUUCCCUAACUGGCUUUAUGAGAUAACUGCUAAACAAUUCACUCAAUGCUAACAUUUUAGCCAGGCUAGCCUUGUUGUCUGCCAACUAAACCCUAGAUUGGCUCCUCCAAAUAAGGAAAAUUGUGGGUGGAGUUUGGCUAUUGAUAAAUACAUGCAGUAAAAAGGAUGUUAAUUUUUUUGAAAACGUUAAGACUUAGCUGAUAUAUGUUGUUCUAUAGCAACACAACAGAAAUGUCUUGUAAUUACAAGGUGUUUACUGUCCCUUUAAAGGAACAUGAAAUCUAUUUUUUUUUCAUUUAUGAUGUAGUCAGAGCAUACAAUUUUAAAGGGACCAUCUAGGGCAUGUAAUUUUAAACAACUUUCCAAUUUACUUUUAUCACCAAUUUUGCUUUGUUCUCUUCUCUUGGUAUUCUUAGUGUUGACAGUUUUUCACCACUAGAGGGUGUUAGUUCAUGUGUGUCAUAUAGA